AUGGUACCCCUGCCAUCCCUCGUUACAGCACCGCCCGGGACAGCCAUGUCGUCCAUCCGCGCGCUCGAGUUGGCCCUGCCGCAGGUCCUUCCAGCGACCAACGAGACCUCCAAGUCCAAAGGUGCUCAGAGAGACGACGAGAGUGAAAUCCAGACGGUCGACCAACUCGUGCGCAGCCGCGCUCACACGCAUGCCGAUAGUAUCGUUGUUUCGUACCCUUCCUCCGGUGUCGAAUAUGUGGACUACACGAUGCAGCAGCUCGAUGCCUUCGCAUACCGCGUCGCAGUGCAGUACGCUACUCAUAUCCCCGUACGCUCGUGUUCGCAGACGAAACCCACCGUUGUGGUGGUCAUGGGGCCUUCGAAUCUGGACUACCUCGUCACCUUGCUGGCUCUCACGAAGCUCGGCCAUACAGCGCUUCUCCUGUCGACAAGAAUAUCACAGGAGGCCGUCGACUCGCUUAUCCGAACUACCGGCGCCAAGUUUUUCUUGUAUGAUCAAAGAUAUGCCGACGUCGCCGCGGCGGCGGGGGCCUCCAUGUCAGAGUUUGGUGUCCUGGAAAUUGCUGGAGGGGCGAAAUACAACUUCCCCGUCGAUGUUUACGCCGAUACGGCGCUCUGCCGACAUCUUGAUCCCGCAAUUGAAGCUGGCCAUCAUGUCUUCAUCAUCCAUUCUAGCGGCUCAACGGGCCUUCCAAAGCCCAUAUACCAGACUCACAAAUCCGCGCUACCCAACUAUGCCAUCCAUACGAACAUGAAGGCUUUCAUAACCCUGCCUCUCUUCCACAACCACGGCAUCUGCAACAUGUUCCGCGCCCUCCACUCCGUCAAAACCAUCGCUCUCUACAAUGCCGAUCUACCCCUAACCCAGGAGUACCUGGCAGCUAUACUAUCCAAGUACGACUUUGAUAUAUUCUACGGCGUGCCUUAUGCUUUGAAAGUGCUCUCUGAAACCAAUGAGGGUAUCGCCCUCCUCCGGCGCUUGAAGGUCGUCAUGUAUGGUGGAUCGGCGUGCCCAGAUGACCUGGGUGACAAAUUAGUCAAUGAGGGAGUGAACCUGGUUGGCCAUUAUGGAGCGACCGAGGUCGGCCAACUCAUGACCUCAUUUCGCCCCAAAAGCGACAAGGCGUGGAACUACGUCCGCGAAAGCGAGAAGCUCUCGCCUUACCUCAGAUGGAUUCCGCGAGGGCCCCAGCUCUUCGAGUGCUGCGUGCUCCCCGGCUGGCCCGCCAAGGUAGCCUCGAACCAGCCGGACGGAUCUUACGCGACCAAGGACCUAUUCGAGCCUCACCCGACGAUUCCGCGCGCGUGGAGGUACGUCGCGCGUCUCGACGACACAAUCGUUCUCGUCAACGGCGAAAAGUUCAACCCCGUGAGCCUCGAGGGAUCCGUACGCUCCAACAGGAACGUCGCCGAGGCUGUCGUCUUCGGCGCGGGCCGGCCGUACUUGGGCAUCUGCGUGAUCCCCUCGCCUGCGCUGGCGGGGAAAUCCGAACAGGAAAUCAUGUCCGAGAUAUGGCCCGUUAUCGAGGCUGCCAACAGCGCUUCGGAGGCCUACGCGCGGAUACCCAAGGAUAUGGUCGUGCUACUUCCCGUCGGGAUCAAGUAUCCGCAGACGGAUAAAGGAAGCGUGAUACGCCAGGCCUUUUACAAGGCGUUCGCAAAAGAGAUUGAUAAGGCCUACGAUGAUGGAGAUGUCGGCCGCGGUGAUGCAAAGGUAAUGUCGCAGGAUGAGUUGAGGCAGUUCCUACGAGCGACACUGUCUCGUUUUCUCCCCCAACUUGAACAAUUCGACGAUGACGUGGAUGUGUUUACGUUGGGUCUCGACUCUCUCCAGGCCAUUCACACGAGAAGUCAGAUUCUCAAGUCAGUCGAUAUGGGGAAUAAUAAGCUGGGCCAGACUGUCGUGUUUGAGCAUCCGUCCGUAAACAGACUUAGCGAUUUCCUCUAUAGUCUUCGUACUGGCACGGGCUCACAGGAAGACAACGACGUCCCUGUCGAGACACAGAUGCGGGAGCUCAUCAUCAAGUACAGCACCAGGCUUAGCGGUCAGCCUAGGAAACCCAACGCCUUUGUCGUCACCGGUGUCACCGGGUCCCUCGGCGCACACAUAGCCUCGCAGCUUUCCCGCGAUCCUAAAGUCGAUCGUGUCUACUGUCUCGUCCGCGCCAAGUCCCCCACCGACGCUCUCCCGAGGAUCAAGAAAAACCUGAUCCACCGAAGGAUUUACCAUACUCUUGCCCUCACAGAGCGCCGCAAACUAGUCGCACUUCCCUGCGAUCUCUCCCGAGACGACUUGGGGCUGGACUCGAGCACGUAUGAGGAGAUUGCAUCGCAUCUUAGUGCCGUCAUUCAUUGCGCCUGGUCUGUCAAUUUCAAUUUGCAGCUCUCCACCUUCGAGAAGAGCGACAUCGCUGGCGUCGCGAAUCUCAUCCGACUAUGUAAAGCUGGCGCCUACGCCACCACCGCUGCCGUUCCGGCGUCGUCGACACCUUUCCCUCGCGUGCCGUCUUUCAACUUUUGCUCGUCCGUGAGCGCCGUCGCGCGGUCCACGGUCCUUCCUAUCCCUGAAACAGCCCCCGACUUAGAGUGGCCGCAGCAGAUCGGUUAUGCGAGGUCCAAAUACGUGGCGGAACACAUAUGCGAGCGAGCGGGUAGGACAAGUGGUGUACCCGUCCGCGUCCUCCGCGUUGGACAAAUAAUAGGCGACACGCAGAACGGCAUCUGGUCAGCAAGCGAGGCCAUACCCAUGAUGCUGCAGACGGCAACCACCAUCGGCGCCCUGCCCAGGCUCCAUGAGACGCCCAGCUGGUUACCCGUCGACAUCGUCGCAAAGUCGGUAACGGAGAUUGCUACCUCGGAAGCUGGCUCCGUCUUCUGUAACGUUACAAACCCACGCACAUUUAGCUGGGUCGACGACUUGAUCCCCGCCCUUCGCAGCGCCGGUCUUGAAUUCGAGCAAGUCGAACCCCAGGAAUGGGUCAAGCGCCUCCGCGCGUCGGACUCGGACCCGGCACGGAACCCACCCAUCAAACUAGUGGAUUUUUUCGCUUCCAAGUACGACAAGACCGAUUUUUCUCCGUCCAAGGCCUACGCGACGGGAAAUGCAUGUUCGCUAUCCCCGACGCUCUGCGGUGCUAUCGGCCUCGAACGGGAUCUUAUCAUCAAAAUCGUGCAUCAUUUCCGAAGCUCGGCGUGGAAUGCCGCAGCUGUACCAAUGGAAACGACCAAAUCUAUUAUUGUGGUCGCCGGCCCCUGUGGAAGCGGUAAGUCGACGCUCGCUACGUCCCUUGCCAAAACUUUCAACGUUCCGUACGUCGAGGGUGAUUCUCUUCAUAGCCGGGACGCUGUGAAGAAAAUGUCGCAAGGGAUCCCGCUAGAUGACGAGGAUAGGGCAUCAUGGCUGGAGCGCGUCAUCGAACACUCUCUCCAGGUCGUCCGGGACCGAAACUACCCCCAGGUUGUUUGCGAGCCCGAUCUCCUCGUGGAGAGAGUGAAGCGGAGACAAAAUCAUUACAUGGGACCGGAGAUGGUUGACAGCCAGGUCUCCACGUACGAAGCUCCCCAGCUUGAUGAGACGGAUAUUUUUCCCAUUGAUGCGGGAAGUCCAGCUGCUGCGGUGCUGGAUGAAGCUAUGUGGACUCUACAGCAUGCAUGUGGGUUGGAAGUUAAGAGGUCACCGCUCUUGGUGAAAUAG